AUGUCAAAGAAUGUUAAACAGUUACUUUAAGAUCCAAAUUACACAGUGCCCCUAGAUGUAAUCAAAAGAGAACUCAGUAAAAUACCUGGAGGGGAUGAUAAAUAUAAAGAGAUUCAAUAAACAUUAUUGCCUUUGUUGAUGGAUGGAAUUGAGGAAUUAUCAAAGGAAUUGGAAACAAUGAUACAGAAUCCUGAAAAGAUUGAUCCUGAAGAAAGAGAACGCUUUAAUCCUUGCAUUUAUUUGGGGUAUGUCAAGAGUACUAUUUUUAUAGAUAAUAUUUAAUGA